AUGUCUUAUGUUACAACAGAACUUAUUUCAGAAAACCAAGAAGAACCCAAUACUUUUCAAGAAGCAGAAGAACUUGAAGUAGACACUGAAUUGAUUUCUGAAGAGUUAUUACUGACUAGUUUAUCAGAAAGCUCAUUUGAAGACGACAUGGAAGAAGAACUUCUGAUAGAUGAAACAUUAUCACCACUUGAAAAAAUAUCUUUAUAUGUAAGAAGUGAAUUAGCAUUUCAUAGAGUGUUCAUUGCAAAAGAAUUUCCAGCAUUAAUAAGGGAUGUUGAAGUCAGUGAAGCCUUAGAAUAUGUGUUACCAUUAAUUAUUUCUCUAGGAACCGAUCCAGAGGACCAUGUUAAAGAAGCUUUCGCUACUCAAUUGGAUGAUAUCAUAUGGUUUUAUUAUUCGCAUUGUACACUCAGAGAAGCCGCAGAUUGUUCACAAAUUGACAUAGUGGAUUUAAGACCCCCAACAGCUCAAAGAUCGCAAACUCUCCAAAGACCACAGACACCAAUACAACAUUAUAAUUCGCAACAAACAUCAUCUCAAACACCAUCUCCGGCUAAUAACACUCCGUAUUUAUCACCUUCUGCCUUUACUUUUUUACUCCGUGCUCUUCUUCUUGAUCAAAACACGAGAAUUUCACAAGCAGCUCAAGCUACAAUUCAGUCACUUGUUGAACGGGUAUUAGAGGAACUUGGUGUUAAAUCCAAAAAAAAAGACUUAUUAGAAAAAGAAAUAUUAGAAGGUGUCGUUCUAGGCAUUGGUAGAUUAGAUCAAGAGAAAUUUAGAAAGGAAGAAAUAAAUGAAUGGGAACAUUAUGGUGAUGAACAUGGUGUUAGCAUUGUGUCUGGUAGGGAAGAAGAAGCAGAAUUGGGAAGAAUGACAAUGAUGUCUUUAAUAUCUUCUUUGGCACCUAUCGUUGGACCAGAAAGAUGUACUCGUUUAUUUUUGCCAGAAUUGGAAAAAAUGAUCAAUGAGCAAGUAUUUUAUGUGCGAAAGGAAGCAGUUUUGGCUUUGGGAACUUUGUCAGGAGUAUUACCAUUGGACACCAUUACAUCAAAAUUGUUACCUAUAUACGACCAUUUCUCAAAUGAUGCAAUUUGGCACGUGCGCCGUUCAUGCUGCUUAAUCCUUCCUACAAUAUGUUCUCGGCUUCCAGAUGAAAUGAAAUCUGAACGUGCAACGAGUGGAAUUGAACUUUUUGCCGGAGACGUAAGCAGAAGUGUAAGAUCAGCUACAGGGGAUAUUAUUGGUGAACUAAUUGCAUUAUUUUACCCAAAUGGAAAAGUACCUGAAAGUCUGGUUCAAUAUUUCCUAACUGUUGUUUUAACUUUGGGUGAAAGCCGUUGGGAUGAUCUUAAAGAAACUUAUCUCUUAUUAACACGAGACAUACAGGCUAAGGUUAGAAGAUCAUUAUCUUAUUCGCUUCAUGAAAUAGCAAAAGUUAUUGGUCCUAAAAAAGCAGAAGAAUGUUUAUUAGCGGUCUUUACUCUCUAUCUUGUUGAUGCAGAUGAAGUUCAAUCUGGUGUUAUAGAAAAUCUUGCUUCAUUUAUUAGUUGCUUGCCACAAACAGCUAGAAAUAAUUGUCUGCCUCCUUUAUUUGGUAUAUGGGAUGAUUUAAAACAACGAUGGCGUUUACGAAAUACAAUUGCAAGGCAAAUGCCAACAAUAUGCCGUCUGUUUGAUAGCAGAAAUGUAAUAAAUUAUUUACUGCCGUUAGCUAUAAAAGCUGUUAAAGAUGAUGUUGCUACUGUGAGAGAAACUGCAAUUGCUUGCGUAAUUGUUUAUGAUGAUGAUACAUUAUUUGCUGAAUUGAUAAAUUGUGUGCGUGAAUUCGCAUUCGAGAAUAAAUUUCGAUCAAGAGUAGCAUUUAUACAAAUUUGUCGAGCUCUAGCUUUAUCAGCAUUUCCUAAACCUGAAUUUGAAAGAUAUUUCAUCCCUAUUUUGAAAAAUUUUUCAACAGAUAAUGUUGUUAAUGUUAGAAUUACAUUAGUAAGACUAAUUAGAGAUUUAUGUCGAAUAGAACAAUAUUAUCAGGAUCCAAUGAGCAAAUCACAAAUCAUUGAUAUGAUUAAACAACUUGCAGAAGAUCCUGAUUUUGAUACAUAA